AUUCAUGUUUGUGAAAGAAUUAUUUCUACGUACUGUCUGAAUAACUUUCUACAAAUUAAAAGUUUAAAACUUAAAUUUACUAUAAAGAAAAUUGUUUAUUGACUCUGUAAGAGCUCAUAAUGUCGACUAUAAUUUCAAACAUGCGUAGAUGUAUUUGUCUUAAAAAUUUUGGUGGUGUAAAAUCAACCCCAACUGCGUCGUAUCAUGCAAACGUAAUUGAGCACUAUGAAAACCCUCGGAAUGUAGGAUCUUUAGAUAAGAAGGAUAAAAAUGUUGGAACUGGAUUAGUUGGAGCACCAGCGUGCGGCGAUGUGAUGAAAUUACAGAUCAAGGUGGACGAAAGUGGCAAGAUUAUUGAUGCAAAAUUCAAAACAUUUGGAUGUGGCUCUGCAAUUGCAUCCAGUUCAUUGGCCACUGAAUGGGUAAAGGGAAAGACAGUUGAUGAAGCGCUCAAAUUAAAGAACACUGAUAUUGCUAAAGAAUUAUCAUUACCACCUGUAAAACUACAUUGCUCUAUGUUAGCAGAAGAUGCUAUUAAAGCUGCAUUGUCGGACUAUCGAAUCAAACAACAAAAUCCAGAAAAGAAAGAAUAAGUGGGGUGGGUGUCAAAGAAACGGAUCUGUGAUUGUUAUAAAAUGGAAUGAAGAUAAAGAAUAAAAGCUUAAUAUGUAGUUGCAUUCAUAAUAGAGCACCUAGUCCUAGAGCCUAAAACAGGCAAAUUAUCCUCUCUAUGGAUUAGAUGUAGUUGUUUUGGUUCACUUUAGCGAGUAAAUCCUUUUCUCAAUUUGUUGAUUUUCAAAUAGUUACAUAUUUAAUAUCAUAGGAAAUGAAAUUACACUUUAUUGAAAUUGAUCUUAAAUUGUCUAACAUUUUCCCCUGCCUCCAAAAAAUCUUAUUAUUUAUGUUACGG